UGGCAGGAAGCCGCUGCCGCCUGUGGCUCCCUUUGUGGCAGCCGCCAUGGCGGCCGAGCGGGCUCCGCCGGUCCGGGCCCAACCUCCGCCCCCCGGCCCCGUCCCCGGCCCCUCUCCGGGCCCCGCUCCGGGCCCCGAGCCCGCGGCACGAACCGGCCUCAGCCUGCCGGGCAUCCUGCACUUCAUCCAGCACGAGUGGGCGCGGUUCGAGGCGGAGAAAGGGCGCUGGGAAGCGGAGAGGGCCGAGCUGCAGGCGCAGGUGGCGUUCCUGCAGGGCGAGCGCCAGGGCCAGGAGAGCCUCAAGCUGGACCUGGUGCGCCGGAUCCGGAUGUUGGAGUUCGCCCUCAAGCAGGAGAGGUCCAAGUACCACAAGCUGAAGUUCGGGACGGAGGCGGCGCCGGGGGAGAAGCGCCCGGAGGAGGCGGUGUCCAACGGCCCCGUGGAGCUGGAGGGAGCCUGGAAGGAGGGGAGGCAGCUCCUGCGCCAGUACCUGGAGGAGGUCGGCUACAGCGACACCAUCCUGGACAUGAGGAACGCCGGGAAGGAGCUGAGCCCCUCCCCCCCCGAGGAUGACAGCGAUGAGGAAGAGGAGCCCGAGAGCCCCUCCCCCACCCCCCGCAGGAGGGGAAAGGGUGUCCCCAAGGUCCCCGAGGAGGACGAGGACGAGGAUGAAGAUGAGGAGGACUCCGAGGACGCCCUGGGCGAGUUCGACUUCCUGGGGACACCUGGGGACACCUUGGGGACACCUGGGGACAUCAGAGAGAGCCACCGGUGCCACCUGCGGGACGGGGACCUCGGGCCACCGCGGCCACCUGAAGGGUCCCUGGGUGUCCCCAAGGCCGAGGCGCUGGCCCUGGAUGGCCUCGGGGACCUGGCGGAGCUGACAGUGACAAAUGACAACGACGGCGGGGACGUGCCCGCGCUGUCCCCGCGGCGCAGCUGGAGCCCGCGCCUGACGCUGCGCAGCCACUACGACGCCGUGCGGGCGCUGGCCUUUGUCCCUUGUCACCCGGCGCUGGUGACGGCCUCCGAGGACGCCACCCUCAAGCUCUGGAACCUGCAGAAGCCGCUUGUCCCCAAGAAGAGCGCGGCGCUGGACGUGGAGCCGGUGUACGCCUUCCGCGGGCACAGGGGCCCGGUGCUGGCGGUGGCGGUGGCGGCAGGUGAUGCAGGUGAUGCAGGUGACGCAGGUGACGCAGGUGACAUCGGUGCCACCGGGCUGUGCUGCAGCGCCGGGGUGGACGCUCGGAUUCGCUGCUGGCGCCUCCCGGGGCUGGACAGCGACCCCUACGAUGGCUACGACCCGCGGGUGCUGCGGGGGGUCCUCGACGGCCACUCGGACGCCGUCUGGGGCCUGGCCUUCGAUGUCACCGGGCGUCACCUGGCCUCGUGCUCGGCCGAUGGCACCGUGCGCCUCUGGGACCCCCGCGGGGACAGUGCCACCAGCGGGGGUGGCACCGCCACAGGCACCUGCCUCAGCGUGCUGGACGGGCACAAAGAUCACGGUGUCCCCACCUCGGUGGCAUUUGUCCCCUCCCAGCCGGCCCACCUGGUGGCCGGGUUCCGCUCCGGUGCCACCGUCCUCUACGACCUCGAGGCCACCAAGGCCACCCUGGUGUCCCCAAACGGCGGUGGCCGUGCCCAGGUGAACCAGGUGGUCGCUCACCCCCAUCGUCACGACUGCUUGCUGCGCCUGUGGCACCUGUCCGACCACACCCGUCACGAUUGUUCGCUGCGCCUGUGGCACCUGUCCGACAACACCUGUGUGCAGGAGUUACCUGUGUCACCUGUGUCCUCUUUGUGUCACCUCACCUGUGUCACCUGUCACGACUGCUCGCUGCACCUGUGGCACCUGUCGGACCACACCCGUCACGACUGUUCCCUGCGCCUGUGGCACCUGUCCGAUCACAUCUGUGUGCAGGAGUCACCUGUGUCCUCUUUGUUUCACCUCACCUGUGUCACCUGUCACGACUGCUCUCUGCGCCUGUGGCACCUGUCCGAUCACACCUGUGUGCAGGAGUUACCUGUGUCCCCUCCAGGUCACGACUGCUCGCUGCGCCUGUGGCACCUGUCCGACCACACCUGUGUGCAGGAGCUCCCCGCCCAUCGCCGCAAGCACCACGAGGCCGUGCUGGCCGUGGCCUUCCACCCCCGCCGCGCCCUCAGCGCCAGCGCCGGCGCCGACGCCCUGGCCAAGGUGUUCGUGUGACACCUGGGCACACCUGGGCACGCCUGGGGACACCUGGGCACACCUGGGCACGCCUGGGGACACCUGGGCACACCUGGGCACACACCUGGGCAC